AUGCCUCAUUCAUCGUCCCAUAGCUGUGUGGAAGUGGCGCGGCAUGAGCUGGUAAGGAGCGGUGCUGAGCGGUGCGCGCCUGCUGCCGCCGCCGCCGCCGCCGCCGCUGCUGCUGCCGCUACAGAGAGAGGCAGGCAUGGUCUGUGGAGCCUGGACAGGUAUAUUGAAGAAGCUCAAGAAGGCGCUGGGUAUGUGGAGCAAGCAGCUGGGGGGGCGAGGUCUGCUCUGGAGAGCAUCAGAAGCUGUCGGAUGGCGGCACGAGACAGUGGCAGUGGGGGGUGUGAGGGAGGAGGCACAGCAGGGGUAGACGGACGGAGGAGUGGUGAAGCGGCAGUGGUGGGAGAAGAAGGAGGGUUGUUUGACGGGCCUGUGUCCUCCACUGGAGUGGUGAAGGGGGGUUGUUUAACGGCAGAGACGACAGCAGCAGACCUACAUGCACCCUCUGCUGCCGCCACGCCACCUGCACUAGACGCACGAGCUCUAGCCACUCUCUCUACGGAGCUAGGCAUACCUUCCAUCUCCCCUCAUCCCUCUCAACCGGAAUCCAUCCCCGCUUGUCUCAUUCCUGUGGCCUCUGUCUCGCCUGCAGAGCAUAAAGCCAGCAAGGCCCUGUCUGCUGCUGCUGCAGCUGUGGUGGCUGCGUCUGCAGCAGCAGAGGCAGCGGCGGGAGAGAGGGGUAAAACGGCAGGAGCAGCAGAGGCGGCAGGGGCGGCAGGGGCGGGAGGGGCAGCAGGUGCGGCAGAGCGCCAGUUUCAUGGUCUAGGAGGAGGGCAUGACGCGCUGUUUCUGUUGCUGGAGCAAGGGACGGGAGCAACGCAGAAGAUGCAGCCGGGUGGUGCUGUCGGGGCCACUGGCACGUUAGGGGCGGGAAGGACCUUAGAAACGCCUCAAAUGCCGUUUACUGGGGCGUUACGGGUUGAAGACUUGCAAAGUAGUGAGGCAGAGAGGGCGCUUGGGCGUGGGGAUGAAGGCGGGGUUGGGGAUGCGAGAGGGGAGGGGAGUGCAGCAGCAGGGUAUCCUUAUCAAAAGUGGCAAGAGCUCCAGCGGGAGCAGAGGGAGCAAAGGGAGGAGAGGGAGCAGAGGGAGCAGAGGGAGGGGGACGGAGCACGUGUGAGGGCUGUACAGCAGUUGACAGAAGGGUCGGAGGUGGGAGGAGAAGCUGUUGCUGUCGUUGCCGCUGCUGCUGCUUUUGGCGGCGGCGGCAGUGGCAGUGGCAGUGGUGCUGGUGCUGGUGCUGGUGCUGGUGCUGGUGCUGGUGCUGGUGCUGGUGCUGGUGCUGGUGCUGGUGCUGGUGCUGGUGCUGGUGCUGGUGCUGGUGGUGACAGAGGCGGUGACGCAGGGCCAACGAGGGGGCGAUAUGGAGAGGCAGGUGCGGAGCGCAAGGCGAGUGGGGGCUUGAAUGGUGUGUGGGGGGGAAGCCACGUGGUUCCGCCCUGGCCCACUGCUGCCAAUGCCCCUGCUUGGCCUCCACCCUCUAAUACCCCUCCGUGGCCCCCGGGUUCCGACGCCCCUCCCUGGCCUCCCUCUUCUGACGCUCCUCCCUGGCCUCCUGCCUCCAACGCCCGUCUCUCCUCCAAUACGCCUCCCUGGCCUCCCGCUGCCAACGCCCCUGCCUGCCCCCCUGCUGCGAACGCCCCCCUCUCCUCCAAUACCGCUCCCUGGCCUUCUGCCGCUGGCGCACCUCCCUCCUUACAAGAGUCUCCCUGGCCUUUCCCAAGUGGUCUUGUGUCUCCAUGGCCGCCUGUCUCGCAGGCUCAGCCGCAGCGCGGCAGGCAGGCGGACGGGCAGGAGCAGAGGCAGGGGAAGAGGGAAGGAGAGAGGGAGGAGAGAAAGGAGGAGAAGAUUGAAGGGGCGAGGGAGGAGGGGAGGGAGGGGCAGGUGAGCAGGAAAGUGAUGGGUGGAGUUGGGAGUGGUGGGGUGCAGGUCGCAUGGGGGGCGUCUGGGAGAGAGGCGGGUGGUGCAGGGAAGACGGUAGCAGACACUCCCGCAUGGAUGAUGGGAGGCUCUUGGGGGGCGAGCGCAGAUGCAGCAGGGCACGGAGCACAGGGGGCGCAGGGGACAGAGGGGAAACAGCGGACACAGGUUUCACAAGGUGCAGCAGGGAAGACGGCGGCAGGCACUCCCGCAUGGAUGAUGGGAGGUUCUUGGGGGGCCAGCGCAGAUGCAGGAGGGCAGGCGGGUCAAGGGGCACAGGGGGCACAGGGUGCGACAGGGAAGGCUCCGGCCUGGAUGAUGGGAGGGUCUUGGGGGGCAAGCGCAGAUGUAGGAGGUCAGGCGGAGGGGGGACAGGGUGCAGCAGGGAAGACGGCAGCAAGCACUCCGGCAUGGAUGAUGGGAGGAUCCUGGGGGGCGAGCGCAGAUGCAGGAGGACAGACAGCACAGGGCGCACAGGGCGCAGCAGGAGCAGCAGGAAAGACGGCAGCAGGCACUCCCGCAUGGAUGAUGGGAGGAUCCUGGGGGGCCAGCGCGGAUGCAGGAGGACAGGGCGCACAGGCCGCACAGGGGGCACAGGGUGCUGCAGGAGCAGCCGGAGCGGCAGCAGCAGGGGGAGCAGGAGCAGGGGCAGCAGGAGCGAUGAGAUGGGCUCCUCCCAAGGGCGCUCUGCCUGCGAGUCUUCUCUCUCUGCUGGACGAUUUUCCUGGAGUUUCUUCUCUGGGCAAGGCGGUUGGUGAAUGGACCUGCAAGGAGGUGGUGGUGAAGAGUGGAGGGGGGACAGCCGAGGGAGGACGGGGGGAAUGGGGUGGUGUGGGUGUGGCUGGGAGCGGUAGAGGGGAAGGGGCGUGGGGAGAGGCAGGGGGUGUGAGGCUGGGGAGUGGAAGAGAGGGGGGCGUGAGGGAUGAAACUCAGGUGGACGAGAAUUUCGCGGCAGGAGUGCUGCUCGGUUCGGAGCGGUUGAAAGGGGUCCGUGAUGGGGCCGGGGGAGCCGAGUUGUGUGCUGAGAGGUUGGGAGGGGAUGGAAGGGGAGAGGGGGAAGCUAGCAGGAGACAGUUGGAGGGGGAAGGGGAGGGGUUAGAGGGACGGCAGGCGGAACAGGAGGAAUCGGAUUGGGAUUCAGAUUGGGAGUCGGAUGGGGGAGGGGAGGAGGAGAGGAGGGAGAGGAGGGAGAAGGGAGGAGAGGCGCAGGGCGGAAUGAGUGCAUCAGAGGGAGCAGCAAGAGGAGACGGAACGGGUGAUGAAGUCACGGCGGCUGACAUUGUUGCACGCAACGGAAUGGGAAGCAGUGGUAGAGCAAAAGGCCUUGAGGGGCUUCGGGUGAAAGUACACGCGGUGGAAGGGUUUCAAAGAGGGGGAGCGGGCAGUGGAGGAGGGGGGGACGGGUGGGGAACGGGAGCAGGACAGCGAUCGGGACGGGGAGAGAGAGCAGCAGCAGCGGCGGCAGCAGGAGAGGCUGCGGUAGAGGAAGCAGCGGCAGCAGUGGUGGAGGGGGACACGAGCAACGCGCACUUCCACCUGCCGCAGUCGGUGCUGUCGGCGGUGGGGUGUGCGUUGCAGUCUGAUAUCACCAUUGCCGCUGUGCUGCAGAGUGAUAACCGCAUUGCGGAGACGGUUCUGUGCCACCCUCCGGGGCUUGUCUCCCUGCCUGUGCGCCUCACCAAGACCAUCCUCAACAUGUCGCACGGCAAGCUAAUAAACACGGACCGUCUGCUCCUGCCCAGUGUCAUCACGGCUGCUCUCGGUGCCCGUCCCCGCCGCUACCUCGCCACGUCCUUCCAUGCCGAGGGGUACGCCUGCCAGUGCUGCUUUCUCCCCGCCGCGCUGCUUGCUUGCUUGCUUGCACAUGCUGCCGUUCUUUCCUGCAAUCCGUGUCUCGCAUGUCACCUUUGCUUUGCCGCCAUCCUCCCCUACAACGCCCCAUCUGUCACUCCGUCACCCACUGCGCCCGUCCCACUGCACCCCUCUCCCCGUUUUGCCCGCCGGCCCCUCCACCCUCCCCCCAGCUACGACGGGCUGUGCUACGCUCUCUGGGCGAACCCCUCCCGCGUGCCGAGAGCCGCAGAGGACAUCAUGUCAGACGCAGUGCAGGCGCUGCCGCUGCUGCUCGCCAACCGAGUGCGCGCCAUGUGCUGCGAGCGCAUGGGGCGGCGCUUCGAUGCCAUUCUCGCCCGCAUGCCGCAGGCCGUGGUGUUUGUGAACGAUGGCAUGGGGCCAUGCCUCAUCAACCCCGCUGCUGCCGACCUGCUGGACCUCCCAGCGUGA